AUGUUCAAUCAACCGUUCGCUAGCAGCAGGUGCCUGGAGAAGCAGACAAGCGACUUAUACCGAGUGAUCCAACGCCCUGACGAACCUCUGAAGGACUACAUAGCCCGGUUCAUCAGGGAGAAGGUUACUGUUCCUGAAUGUGAUGUCCCGACAGCUAUCGAAGCGUUCAGGCAAGGAUUGUAUGGCGAAACCAACCUUUGGAGGGAUCUAAUCAAAUACCCCUGCAAGACGUUUGAGGACGCUCAAGCCAAAGAAAUGACCCAAGUAAGGUUGGAAGAAACUCUCCAUUCUCGGAAAGGGGGUAAUGACUACUCGAAGACGGAAAGACAAUUGCCCUAUCCCAAGAGAAGCAAUGAUCGCCCUGCUCCUUAUUCCCGACCUCAACACAUGGGGAAAGCAACGCAGUGGCCGCCGAAAUCUAGCAAACCCGAGUCGAAGAAGGAUCAUUCAAAAUGGUGUGAUUUCCACGCCGACAUCGGUCACACCACCAACGACUGCGUCGCGUUGAGAAGAGAAGUGGCCUAUCUGUUGAAAAAUGGUUACCUCAAGGACGUCAUGUCGGACAAAGCUCGCGCGAAGAGGCAUGCCCGAGAGAACGAGAUAGACAGACCGGCCCGAGCCGUAGCCGCAAAAUAUCUAACCCCUAUAUCUUUUGAUGAAUCUGAUGAAGGAGAUAUCUCGGAUAAACAUCAUGACGGCUUGGUAAUAUCCAUUCCUGUUGGGAACUGCAUGAUCAGACGAGUCCUUGUCGACAACGGUAGCUCGACUAACGUGAUGAUGCUCGACGCCCUCAAGGAAAUGGGGCUCAACCCGGAUACAGAUGUCGUUAAAAAGUCCACCGUGCUAAUAGGGUUCAGCGGCGAAGCAAAGACUACCUUCGGAGAAGUUACCCUACCUGUUUACGCUCAAGGAGUCAACCAACAAGAAAUCAAGGGGGAUCAGCAAGAGUCCAAGGAAUGCUACAAGGCAGCCCUAAAUCUCUCAACCACAAAUAAAUCCUCAUUAUAG